AUGGCCGACGCUCCACACGCCGCCGCGCUCGUCGAAGCUUUCGAUAGACUGGUCGACGAGGGCGUCAUUGUCUACGGCCCGCACCAAACCAUACGAGUCGACGCCAACGGCUACCCGGUCGAAUUCCGCAUCUGUCCAACGCUAGCCACAAAGCCCCAUACCGUCGGGGCAACAAACCACGCCUUUAAUCACUCGCGGAAAUGGGGGCCCGGCAGCGACAUGUACUGUCCCGACGAGCGACUCAUCAUUACCCAGCUCAAUCAGACGCACGACCUGGCGCUUAACCUCUUCUGCGUCGACCGGCCACAGCUGCUCAUGCUAACGCUCGACUCGUACAAGCGCCAGCACGAGGCCUUGGACACGGAUGACUUGACUGUCAUGCUGCAAGUGCUGCGCCAGUUCCCCGGCAUGUACGUCAUUUUCAACUGUGGAGAAAAGGGUGGCUGUAGCAGGGUGCACAAGCACCUCCAAGCGCUGAAUGGCCCGCCCUAUGCCUUUGAAUAUCUCCUGUCAGCCGUCAGCGACAAGCACAAAACGGUUCCUUUUCGCUACUUUGUCCAUCACUUUAGCGAGGGCUUUGCAAACACUUCGGCCUCGGCCGUCUUGUCCGUCUACGCCCACCUCCUCAGACAGUGCCCGCCAGCCCUCGACGCUGGCCCAGACGAGGCACCUCCCCACAAUGUUGCCAUGUGGCAUGACCGUCUCGUCGUCAUACCACGGCGGAGUGGCAGCAUAGAGGGCGCCAGUGCCAACACGGGGGGCAUGCUCGGAAGUGUCUGGGUGACGGGCCAGCAGCAGGUAGACGAGUGGCUAAGAAUCGGGUGUGCAAAGGUGCUGGGGGAACUGGGAGUACCUGGCUAGGACAAGAAAAAAA